UCCCAUUUCUAAUAUCUCCAGGGACUAAGCACAAAACUAUGCUGGAAGCUCGGAAUGGAAGUGGAACCAUAAAAGCCUUUCCCCGGGCAGGCGUAAAAGGGAAAGGACCUGUGAAUAAAGGAAACACAGGCCUUCAGAACAAAACAUUUCACUGUGAAAUAUGCGAUGUGCACGUAAACUCUGAGACACAACUGAAACAGCACAUAAGCAGUAGAAGGCACAAAGAUAGAGCUGCUGGGAAGCCGCCUAAACCUAAAUACAGCCCGUACAACAAACUCCAAAAGGGAACACAUCCUCUAGGGGUAAAAUUAGUGUUUUCAAAGGAACCUUCAAAGCCGAUGGCUCCAAGAAUCUUACCAAAUCCACUAGCAGCUGCAGCAGCAGCUGCUGCUGUGGCUGUGAAUUCCCCCUUCAGUCUUCGAACAGCCCCAGCAGCCACCCUUUUCCAGACUUCAGCACUUCCUCCAGCACUCCUACGACCAGCUCCGGGGCCUAUACGGACCACCCAUACUCCUGUGCUGUUUGCUCCUUACUGAACUCCAAACAGGAAAUAAUUGUACUGCAAUAAUUUUUCAAAUCAAAACAAACAAAAAAGAAAACCAAGAACAUUGAACUAUGCAGUGUUUAUUUAUAGUUUAAAGUAUAUAUGAAGAGCCAGGACUUUUGAUAGAGAACUGAACAAAUUCUAAAUGGGGGAAUGGGCAGUAUUUUCUCCAGAUGAGAGCAUUCCUCUUAAGUAUUGAUCGUUUUAGAACUGAUCUCCAGCAUUGACUUGUAGUGAUAUAUAAAACUUACAAAGCCUUUUGACUGUGCUUUUUGGCACAUAUUUCCCUGCAAUGUCUUUCCUGCUUUAUGAAACAACUUACAAAUUUGUCUGAAGGGCAUUAACUGGUUCCAAUGUACAUAAAAUACUUUAUUCUGUAGAUUAAAGAAGAAGGAAAAGAAAAGAAACACUGUGAAUAGUAGUACCUUACCAAUCCUCCUGCCAAAUCAGCGGUUACUGGGUAUUUAUCUGAACAAAAGUAGAUACAAUAGAUGUCUUGUAAAACAGUAGUAUUGUGUCUCUAUCUAUGCCACUAGGUUUCUAACUGCGUUGCAAAAGUUAAAGUAAACAAAGUAUGUCACACAAAAAAAAAAAAA